UUUAAAUACAGUCACCUCUUCUCAUCUCCAUCCUUCCACUUCCAAAUUCAAUCCGUUUUCCAUUCCGGAUCUCGCUUUUCUCGCUCAAAUCCGUUUCCAUGGAGGAUUCCGCCGCCAAAGAUCAAGCAUCCGCCGCCACCGCCGGUAGAUCAGCCUCGAGACUUCUUCGUUAUCCGCUCCGAUCUGCGGCUAGGGCUAAGGAAGAGAAGCCGCCUCUUGCGGAUUCCGCGAACUCUAAUUCUACUGCGAAGAGGGGAAGAAUUGCAUCUAGCAGUGUAAGUAAGAGUGUGGGAGUUCUCGAUGUAUCUAGCAAGGAGAAGCCCUCGAAACCUCCUCGAAGGCUAUCAGUUCCUUCAAAGUCGAAUGCCAGCCCGGCGCCAAAAUUCAUAGGCAACAUAACUCCCAUUUCCGAGACUAGAGCUACACGAUCCUCGGCAAAGAACGACACCCCUCUUUCUGAUGUUUCGAAAUCAUCACAUCGCAAAAAGUACAGCAUUCUUUCAUCAGCAUCUUAUUGGCUCUCCCAAAUCAGGCUCUCGGAAUCUGCUGCUAAGCACUCGAUAUCCCUUGGGUUCUUCAAGCUUGCUUUGGAGGCUCGAUGCGAGCCUUUACAGAGGAUGAGUGAUGAGCUAAAGUCGUAUGUUCGUCGCCAUAGCCUUGUUGAAUUUAGCGAAUUUGUGAAAGAACUCCUCGAGAGCUACAAGAUUAACGAAAAUUUUGAGCAGCUGCAAGUGUCUGAAGGAAACCAGUUGUCGGAUAAUGAUGAUGCCAAUAGCUCAUCUUCUUCGAUUACUGAGGCUGAGAAGCCGAAGCUGAAGACAAAGACAUUGGAGAAAAGUGUUGCGAAUUCGGUGAAGGCAAGCGAUGGAUCUGAGAAGAAGAACAGAAGAUCAGUGCCUCAGAAUUCUGCGAUUUCGAAGCCUAAUUCAGAAACAACUCGAGGACGGAGCAUACAGCGAAAAUCAAGGAAAGAUAAGGAUAAUAGUAUUAAGGUGAAGCAGGGGAAGAAAUCAUCUGCUCAAGGUGAAGCUCCUAUCAACUCUCUACCAAAUGAGGCUCUCCAAGAAAACAAAGAAAAUAUGGAGGAUGAAGCAGCAGCAGCAGCAGAGAUGGAAAUGAACAACAACAACAACACUGCAGUGGAAGUCUAAACAACAAUUAUGAAUUAUGAUGAUGAUGGGUAUGUAUAUUUUUCCUAUAACAUAUUUUAUGGAUAUGAGUUUGUGUGUAGUUUUCUUUUGAAUUUGAUUAGAGGAAAUUACUGUGUGCAUUUUGAUGGUGUUGUCUUGUGUCUCAACAAGUUUACAGUUGUAUUGUUUUUCUUAAUAUACGCUGGCUGGUUGUUUC